AUGGAUACUCCGCCGGAAAAAGAUUGGAUCCAGCUGGACAGUGGUCAGGCACGAAACGGACUUGGCCUCGUGUCAUCCAAAACUUCAGAAAGACUGAAUCAAGUCGACCGUAUCCGUGCUAAUGGGGUUGGCGACCAUAUUGCGCUUCCCCAACUGGUUGUCUGUGGUGACCAAUCAGCAGGCAAAAGCUCUGUCUUAGAGGGAAUCAGUGGAAUCCCCUUCCCUCGUCAAGACGGAGUUUGUACUCGGUUUGCCACGGAAAUUAUACUUCGCCAUGAGCUAAAAUAUCGCCGGAAUACCGCAACUAUUAUCCCUCAUAUCUCCCGCUCCGAAGAUGAGAGGGCUAGGUUGAGCGCCUUCCACCGCGAGGUCACUGACAUCGCGCAGUUGCCUGGCAUUAUCGAUGAAGCGGCAAGACUCAUGGGCGUUCAAGGAGCGAAUGAGUUGGCUGAUGCUCCAACGUUUGCCGCUGAUGUACUUCGUUUGGAAGUUGUCGGGGAUACUGGCCUGCAUCUGACCCUUGUUGACCUACCUGGGCUGAUUUCUGUGUCUGAAAACGAGGACGACCUGCAGCUUGUCAAUGAUCUCGUGAACUCCUAUUUAGAAAACUCGCGGACAAUUAUCCUUGCCGUGGUCCCCGCAAGCAGCGACGUGGAUACCCAGAGCAUCAUCCAACGUGCUCGACGUUACGACAAGGAUGGCCUCCGGACUGUUGGAAUCAUCACCAAACCAGAUCUUAUCAAUGAUGGCACUGAGGCACGUGUUGCUAGAUUAGCCAACAACGCUGACAGGACGAAGCUGAAACUCGGAUUCUUCCUUCUGAGAAACCCUCGCCCUCUUGAUUUGGAGAAGGGCAUAACUAUGAUUGAGCGCCGGAAGAUGGAGGCGGACUUCUUUGCGAAUCAGCCUUGGAACAAGCUUGGACUCGAUCCUUCGCGUGUCGGCAUCGAUAACCUUCGGGUCUUUAUGCAAGACCUCCUUGAUCGACACAUUGAGCGCGAACUGCCGAAGGUUCGAAAGGAUGUGGCUCAACUGCUUAAUGAGAUCAAUAAGGAGCUGAUGGAUCUCGGGACUCAACGAACGUCGCCUGCGCAGAUACGUAUGUACCUGACUCGCAUUGGUACUGAUUUCCAAAACCUCGUGAGGGCUGGAGUUGAAGGAUUAUACGGUAACCGAGACGCGUUCUUUGAUGAAAUCAACGGCGAAAAAGACUAUCAUCGCCUUAGAGCCGCUGUCCACAUGGCAAACGGGCGGUUUGCCAACUAUAUGAGACAACAUGGACAGAAACGCAAAAUUGUUUCGGCUGAGGGUCAGGAAGGUACGGAUUCGGACACCGGCCAGAUCCUCGUAACUGAGGAGCAAAUGUCAGCGUGGAUCAAAAAUAUUUAUGAUCGCACCCGUGGCCGAGAACUUCCUGGGAAUUAUAACCAUGCGCUACUUGGUGAACUAUUCCAUGAGCAGUCGUCUCGCUGGGCGGAUAUUGCUCGCGAACAUGUCACUACCAUCGCAGAUCUUGUGUCUCGAUUCAUCCAGGCGGCCUCGGAAUUUGUGAUAAAGGAUCCCAGUGCCCGGGACAACAUUUUGCGUAUUAUCGUCGCCAAACUGGACGAGAAUGCUGAAUGCGCAUUCCAUGAACUGUGCAAGUUGUUAGAUGACGAGGCUGGAUGUCCUAUCACUUACAACCAUUACUACACGGAUAACGUGCAAAAGGCGCGCAACAAACGUUCGAGGCAAGACCUUGGCACUUCGCUCAAUAAUGCUAUCAACAAAGACUGGAACGGUCGUUUUCAUGUUGCUAUGAAAACCUUUGUAGACAAUGUCUGCCGCCAAGUCAUUGAGAGACACAUCCUAGCAAAGCUUCCAGCUGUUUUCAGCGCAAUGACUGUUGCUACCUUUUCAGAUGAAGAUCUUGUCCACUUGGCUGCUGAAUCACCUAAGCUGAGCAGGCGCCGGACCGAGGCCAUUCAGCUGCAAGAGGCAUUGGAGGACAGCCUUCGUGAUUUGCGUUGA